CCUCCCAGUCAGCAGCCCGAGUUACAUAAGACUCAGAAGUGUGAUGAACGAUCUGUGAGGGCAAGCAACUCCUGAAAGAAGGAUGACACAGCUGAGCCUGUCCUGGCUGGGACUGGGGUCGGUCACAGCCUCCCCUUGGCUGAUUGGGCUGCUGGUUGGAGCCGCCUGGCUCCUGGCCCAAAUUCUGACCUGGAUGUAUGCCCUCUAUGAAAAAUCUCAUCGCCUUCGAUGUUUCCCUCAGCCCCCCAAACGGAACUGGCUCGUGGGUCACCUGGGCUUGAUUCAGAGCUCAGAGGGAGGUCUCCUCUACACCCAGGGCCUGGCACGCACCUACAGGGAUGUGUGCUGCUGGUGGGUAGGGCCCUGCCACGCGGUCGUCCGCAUCUUUCACCCCUCCUGCAUCAAGCCUGUGCUCUUUGCUCCAGCUGCCAUUGCCCUAAAGGACGUGGUCUUCUACAGCUUUCUGAGACCCUGGCUGGGGGAUGGGCUCUUGCUGAGUGCUGGUGACAAGUGGAGCCGCCACCGUCGCAUGCUGACACCCGCCUUCCAUUUCAACAUCCUGAAGCCCUACGUGAAGAUUUUCACUGAUAGCACAAAAGUCAUGCAUGCCAAGUGGCAGCGCCUGAUCUCCCAGGGCAGCGCCCGUCUGGACAUGUUUGAGCUCAUCAGCCUGAUGACCUUGGACAGUCUGCAGAAAUGUGUGUUCAGCUUCGAGAGCAACUGUCAGGAGAAGCCUAGUAAAUAUAUCGCAGCCAUCUUGGAGCUUAGUGCCCUGGUGGCCAAAAGGCACCAACAGCUCUUGCUGCACCCGGAUUUCCUGUACCAUCUCACCUGUGAUGGGCAUCGCUUCCGUACAGCCUGCCGUCUGGUGCAUGACUUCACAGAUGCUGUCAUCCAGGAGCGGCGAUGCAGCCUCCCCAAUCAGGGGAUCGACGACUUCCUAAAGGCCAAGGCCAGGUCCAAAACUUUGGACUUCAUUGAUGUGCUCCUGCUGAGCAAGGAUGAAAAUGGAAGGGAGUUGUCAGAUGAGGACGUACGAGCAGAGGCCGACACGUUCAUGUUUGCGGGCCACGACACCACGGCCAGUGGUCUCUCCUGGGUGCUGUACAACCUGGCCAGGCACCCAGAAUACCAGGAGCGCUGCCGGCAGGAGGUGCGAGAGCUCCUGAGGGGCCGUGAGCCUGAAGAGAUUGAAUGGGAGGACCUGGCCCAGCUGCCCUUCCUGACCAUGUGCAUCAAGGAGAGCCUGCGUCUGCACCCCCCGGUCUCAGUCGUCUCCCGCUGCUGCACGCAGGACGUUGUGCUUCCAGACGGCCGGGUCAUCCCCAAAGGUGUCAUCUGCCUCAUCAGUAUUUUCGGUACCCAUCACAACCCAGCUGUGUGGCCAGACCCUGAGGUCUACGACCCCUUCCGCUUUGACCCAGAGAACAGCAAGGACAGGUCGCCUCUGGCUUUCAUUCCCUUCUCCGCGGGGCCCAGGAACUGCAUCGGGCAGACCUUCGCCAUGGCGGAGAUGAAGGUGGUGCUGGCGCUGACUCUGCUGCGCUUCCGCGUCCUGCCCGAUGCCACGGAGCCGCGCCGGAAGCCCGAGCUGAUCCUGCGCGCAGAGGGAGGGCUAUGGCUGCGCGUGGAGCCGCUGAGCGAGCAAGCAGCCCCCUUGACCUAAACUGGAAAGCAGCUGACCCCACCCACGCUCCUUUGGAGAUUCUCAGGAAUAAAGUGUGUUGUCGCCUGUGUCUGAGUCU